AUUGUUGUUUGUUAUCCUUCAGUCUAAUAUGACUCUAAUCUUCAAAUGUCAAAUUUAGUGCAGUAUUGUUGGAGUAAAAGUGUUAAAAAUUUAUGUAAUUUUUAAUUGAUGAUAAUUUUAAUAGUGCAAAAUGUCGAACGAUAGUGGUGACGAUAAUUUUCAGCAGAAUAAUGAACAUGACAUUGAAGGUAAUGUGGAACUUCAAUUUGAGGGAGACGAUACAGUUCCAUUUGGGGGAGACGACACAGAUUUUUUAAGCGAAUCAGAAACGGAAGACAUUACCAACACUGGAAGCGAAGUUCAGUUUGAUACAAAUCUACCAACAACACACAAGUAUUUAGGGAAGUUAAAUAAUGUUAGUGGCUAUACACUUUAUGACGAUGGUGAAGUCAAAACCAUGUUGGCAAUACAUACAAGUACAUUGGUCUUACCUGGCUUUACAUUGCCUUUGGUAAUGAGCAGCGAUAUGGAAAAAAAUGUAAUGCAAACUUAUUUGGCUCAGUCCCAUGUAUUUGCGUUAGUCUGUGCAGAUGAGGAAGGCUCAAGAAUUUAUAAGUAUGGGGUUACAAUGGAAGUAUUUGAGUCCUUUGUAAAAAGAGAGACCUUGUAUUUGAAAGCUAAAGGCAGGCAAAGAUGUAAGAUUUUAUCAGAAAGAGAGGUGAGACCUCUUACAGGGCGUCUUCAGCAAUUAACUGUCAAGAUUUUGGCUGAACCAGCCAUAAUUUCUCCUAUCAAUGAUACACAGUUGUUAGUUUUAAGAAAAAGACGAAAAUGCGUUGUGGAUAAUUACGAAGACUUCCUAAAGUAUUAUAAGUAUAGGAGGUAUCAUUUAGCUCAAUUUGCCCAUCCUGCGUGGGUUUAUGAUCACAAUGAACUUUUCUAUUACGUCAAAUUAAUAUUAGAUGGACUGUCAACUUUUUAUUUAAAGGAUAAUAUACCUUCCGAACCAGUGUCUUUGUCAUACUGGUUUAUACAAAAUUUUGAAUUGACCCAUGAAGAGAGACUGAAAUUAAUGCGUUUGAAUACCUCCUUGGAACGAUUACGGCUUGAGUUUAAAUAUUUAAAAAUGCAAAGGAUAAUCUGCUGCGCGACGUGUAAAGUGGAUAUAGCUAAACAAAGUGAUGUAUUUGCAAUGUCCAAAGAUGGUGUGCAGAGUAAUUACUGCAAUCCAGGUGGCUACGUAUACGAAACGGUGACAGUUUCUAAAGCGAAAAACUUCACGUUGGUGGGGCAACCUUCGAAAGAGUUCAGCUGGUUUCCGGGCUAUACAUGGACAAUUAUGCAAUGUAAGUUAUGUCAAGUCCAUUUGGGGUGGAUGUUUACCUCAAAACUACUUCAGCCCCCUUUUUUCUAUGGUCUUGCUCGAAGUGGUUUCGACAUUCAAAUUGUAGCAAAUGAGGAGUCUAGUGAAUAGAUCUCGUUCUCAGCUUCAAUCUCGGUACCUACCUAUUUGUGUAAAUUUCUACUUAUACCAACAAAACAAAAAUGGAUGCUAAAAAUAUAAGAUCAACCAGCCAAAUAAUUUCUAUAAAAAGGCAAUUUUGUGUAGAAGUUUGUAAUGUAGUAGCAGCUCAGUAAGGCUUAUACCUACAUUUAAACAAA